GAAGAUUCGUGAUAGUAUAUCAUUUAACGCUUUCUGGCAAUUUUUGAUGGCUUGGAAAUUCGACAGUGGAUUUUUUGGGGGUUAAAUUUUGGUCCAGGGACUUUUUUGUGUUUUGAUUUUUGCCCCCAUUCAAUCAUCCCUGUCACUUGAAAUCCGGAGUACCCCAAACCUGCAAACUAAACCGUCGCCUAAGCCAUGUAUACUUAAGGUAUCAAUCUUGUUACUCUUAAGGGUAGUGUUCCACUGAAGACAGGCCUUUAGGAAAAACUUACCAAUAUCCAGCCUCUGACCCUUUUAAUUUCCUGUUUUUUUUAACCACUUUCAUAUCCUUUCUUUCCAAAUUCAGUUUCCAUUGCAACUCAGUUUAUGCUAUAGUUAAGAGUGUUUUCAUUUAUCCUAAGAGUUUGCAGUCUUUCUUUAACUCAUGAAAGUAUGUUAAAUUUCCCAAUCUAACAGGCUAAUGGAUCUGCAGUAAAGUCUAAAAGCUGUAAAGUUGUACCUCAAGCUGGUUGCUGUAAGGAUGGUGAGUUUACAAUUUAUUUUAGAAAUUGAUUUUCAACAAAAUGAUAAUCCAUGGAUAUGGAAAAAUACCAGCUAAUACCAAAAACAAAAAAUACAUCUUGUUAGUAUGUUUAGAUUAAAAUUUACCAGAAAUCAAGGCAUUUAAGGCCAGUAUUUAAAGUACAUUUAAGUAUUGCAUUAGUGGGAUCAGUGCAGGUUAUACAUGCAUGUGACAACGUCCUAGUUCUGCUGUAUCAAGAUUGUGUGGAUGGUAAUUUAGUUCAUUUAUGAGUUUCAUUAAUUAAUCACUGUAUUUUUUUUUUAAUAAUUCAAGGCAAAGAUGGAAAGGAUGGACAACAUGGUGAGUCACAUUAAAGAAGCUGUGCCACGAAAUUCAGCCAAAUUAGGAAAUUACAAAAUGCGCGUUAAAUCCAGGACAAACAUAAAAAUAACCGCUUAAAACAUUAAAGGAAGGUUAAAAUAACACAACAGAUACAACAGAUGCUACGGAUGGGGAAAACUGAAUAAGAUUGAAAUGGAUUGAAAUUAGGGUUUUUGAAAACUCAGUUACCUAACAGUUUUUCAAAGUUGAUCCCUGCUGCUUGCAACUUCAAAAAUAAUGCUCAGGAGACAUAUUUGUUUGUCUCGGAUCUCUGAUUUUGUCAUUUAUAUGUUAUUUCUUUGCUUACUUUAAGUUCCAUAGCGAUUGUCAGGGCGAGUAAUUUGCAAAAUUAAACAAAAUGAACUGGACUGCCGUGACACAGCCCCUUUAAAAUGCAACAAUUUUCCUUCAUUACCAUUUACAUUAAUACAACAUUAUAUAAUUUAGAAAUAAUUAGUCUUUUGUUAUAAUCAAUUGUUAUUUUUGGUAAUUGCAGGAAAAGAUGGGCGCGAUGGAGUGAAUGGUGAUGUACAUUAUUUUAUUAAAUAUUACUAGUAAUAAAGGUUUGGAGUGUGGGCAACAACGAUUGAAUGUCAAAAUGCUUUCACUCCGAUCCAGUGCUGUGCUUUGUGUGGUGGUCAAAAUAUACGUGAUUACAAGUGAUAUAAGGUCCAAACGCAUGUGCUCAAAGUGUGUUCUGUGCAUUCCAUACUUUCUUUGUGGAAGUCCAAACGACUGGCUACAUACAUGCAAUGCAUGGGUAAUAACAACCUGGAGAUUAGAAUUGCAGGCUCCUCUUGUCACCCGUGAUUAUCCUUUAUACAAAUACAAACAUGUCAAUAUAUACUUGCCAACUCUUUCUGAGUCAAAUUAAUAAAUUUAUUUAAAUGCAUGAGAUUUUUGUCCUUUCAUGGCAGGAGUUUCUUAAAACAUCCCAGGUACUUCCACAUAUUUCCAACAAUUUUCCGAAGACUUCCAAACUUUGCCAAAAAAUGUGUGAAGUUGUUCUGACAACCUUUAAGCAAUUCUGAAGUUAUUUCAAGUGUCAAAGGGAAAUUGAAUUGAAUUUUUGUCAUUAAUCAUGUGUUAAAGAACAAUUAUUAUGUUUGUCAGGUGUGAGAAAUUGUCCUUGUCUCCGAGUGAAAUCAAGGUCUAGAAAUAAGUUCCCAGGCAUGAAACUCGUGCAUAAUGUGUUAGAGUUGUCAGACAUACUGUAACAAUUAUUCUCAAAAUAAAUCUUAACCAUGGGUUUCCUUCUUGUUAUCCCCCCUGUUGUAGCUUGUUGUCAGUGUUCUACCCUAGCUUGUUAUAUUACUAAUCCAAGGCUGUGCUCUAAGAAAUAUUGUAGGGGAGUCCAGUGCUCUGAACCUGUGAAAAACAGGGAGCCAAGCAUCAGAUUUGUAUAGCGAAAGCUAAGAUUUCCUAGUUGCUCAAGAUCAAAAGUAAUGGUUUGGGGGUCACUGACUGGGCGCUUCUCAGUAGAGCAUCAGCAGUGGAACCUCGAUAUAAUGAAUGGCCAAGGGACUGGCAAUAAUAUAACAGUCUAUAACGAGAUUUCAGUUUAUUGAGGUUUUUUUGUCAUAUAUUUUACUAUCAUGACUGGGGUAAACAAAAUAUUUUGUUAUACCGGGGACUUCGUUAUAUAGAGGUUCCACUGUAUCACUUUAAUUUGUUUAUUGUCUUGAACACAGGAAAAGAUGGCCGUGAUGGACGAGAUGGCAGUGGAACAAAGGUUGGCUUUUUUAAGCUUCAAACAUUGCUUUCUCUUUUUGCUGGAAGAAAAGUUCAGAAAUUCAAAUUAAAUGACCCAUGGAGCUGUAUGUCUCCAAUAAAAUGGUCUCUGUAGUGUGAAUAUAUCAAGUUGCCAAAAAAGAGGUUUUUUUGGACAUUUGGGCUUGUGUCUUUCCAGAGAAAGAAGAAUGAGAUGUUAAAUUACUUUUAAAAAAUUAACGAUUUAGUUAAAUGUUCUUGUGUAACAACCAACGUUUAGGGUCACUGUAACCAGAUAGUUUGCAGAAACGAAACAUGACUAAAAAAAUAAUAUAAAUUAUGGACUUAUUAUAAAAAUUGGAACGGAACUCUAAAAUAGUUAGCCAACUUUUUAAAGUUGUGUCACUGUGUAUUGGACAAAUAAAAAUUGCUACAUAAAUCUAUUUGAUUUGCUUUUUCCCUCACUGAUUCACUUGUAAAACUUGCCGUUGGCACAAUUAAGAGGAAAAGCACCUGCUCAUGUUUUUAAGACGGAACCCACAAAUGUGAAUAAAUUGUAUUGCAUACGCUGUACCUCAGUUAAUUAUGUUAUUUUAAUAAAAUGUAAUUUCACCCCACUUUCAUUUUUUACGAAAUGAUGCCUAUCUUGUUCACAGUUAAUGCUGGCAAUAUGCUGGCUCCUAAUAUGGGAAGUUAUGGGUGGCUCAAAGGCGACUGGGUUAAGAUUCAUGUAGUGUAACCUUCCUUUGAUACCCUAUUCUAUGGACCUUAUAUACCUCUAGUGUUAACGCAAUGACUAAGCAGCUGUGUAUAUAGAUGAACUCAGACCAAAUGUUAAAUUUAAAUGGUUGGUCUGAAGCUGUUUUGAUUACUUUGAUUUAACAAAAAAAGUGAAAAAAGGUGCACUAUGUGUUGAUUCUUGAUUUUUUUUGUUAUGAUAAGUAAAUAAACUCAUUUUAGUGGUAGUACUUGUACGUCCAUGAAGCUAAUAUAAAUAAAUAAAAGUAGUAGUUAUUUUUAGUUUUUGCAGUUUUGGUUUCACUUCUAUUUGUAAAUAUCUAUGUUAGGGAGAAAAAGGAGAAACAGGGAUGCCAGGAAAAGAUGGAAAUGCUGGCGUUAAGGUAUUAUUGACAUGUACUGCUUUUUUAAUAGUCGUUUUGAGUUUUUGGAUCCAUAUACUUCCAUAAAAAGUCAUUGAAUAUAAGUUUAAGUUGAACGAUGCAAAAUCAGCAAAAUCAUAACCAGACGAGUUUUAACUCGUCUGGUUAUCAAAAUAGAGUUAAAACUUUAUUUUGAUCUCCACCACACUAAAGACAAGCAAACUGGCUAUUCUCUUAGCAUUUGUAUUAAAAAUAAUAAUGAUGAUGGUGAUAGUAAUAACAAUAAUAAUGAAAUACUAAUAAUAAUAAUAAUAAUAAUUUUUAUAGAGGGAACCCAACUUCCCAUGGCAGUUUUAAGUGGGUCCCUCAUUAAAGUUACUAAAGUAAUUAAUUGAUAAAAAGUAAAACCUUGCUCCAAAAAGGAAAAAAAGAGUUAAGAUCAUAAAAUUCGCAGUAAAAAGUAGACUUUUUCCUAGAGUGACUCAGUUCCCAAAACAUUGUUCCCUAUUUUAACUUUAAGGUUGCUAAGGACAGUUUCUCUAGAAAUGCUUUAUGUAUUUACUAUGCAUGUUAACAUUUUAAUCAUGAGGACAUAUGCAGCCAAUUAGCUUUUAAAGAAAAAAGUGCGAGGACAAGUUGAGAAGAAUGCUUAGAAGUUUCUACGUCUACUUCAAUACUCCUAGACGCUUUCACAUCUAAGAGAUUAAUAAUGCAGAAAAAUAAAAAUAAAAUAAUAGAAAUAAGGAAAAAAUAAUUUAAAAAACGUUGCUUAGAUGAUUACAAAAGUUUGGGUAACUUUCUCCUCUUAUUAUUAAAGGGAUAAGAUUCCAUGUUGCCGUGCGUCUGUUCGGUAAUAGAUCACAGAUGACGUCAAAAUGUCGUAAAAACAAAAAAGUGGCACACGAGCCGCAGGCGAGUGUGUCACUGUUGUUUUUACCACAUUUUGACGUCCUCUGUGAUCUAUUACUGAACAGACCCACUGCAACAUGGAAUCUAUUUGUUUUAUACAAUGAUCAGAAAAAGAAAAAGAGCGAUACACAUACUUGCCUCGAACCGCUUGACCUUUUGAGGAUUUGUGCUAGUUUUUAGGCAUUUUUUAAGUCCCAAACCCAACUUUUCAUCUUAGCUUCUUCUUUAUCUUACUUGUGUACAGUUUCUUCGAAAAGCUUUUCACCGUCUUUUCUUGCUCAAAGAAGAAUAAUAGCGAAAACAUUUUGCAAAACAGCGAGUCUCUCGUAGCGAAGACACACGAUGGCAACUAUUGUGAAGAUUACUUGUAGUUUAGGCAUUGUCAUGUAGUCAAUAGCUUUUUGGUCUCCGUUUCUCCAUUUUUCUUCUUUGUAAAUAGCUCCUGCUAAACUUUUUCCGAAGCUUUCACUUGCCUCAAUCGGAAAUAAUCUCACAAACAUUUUCAAAACCGCGUGUCAUGUUGAACAAAACAAAGAAAACAAGUUUCCCGUUACGUCAUCCAUGUAUCUGUACUCUAAUAGAUCAUGGGCAACGACCAAUCACAGCGCGCGUAGCAGUCACAUCAUUGUAUAAUCCCUUAUAGUUGUCAAUUAUUGUCAGGGGAAAUUUAUUCUGUUUUUGUCUACUUUGAUUUGUUGACUUUCAAAGGCAACGUAAACAAACGACAAUAGUUUUACUUUAAAAUCUACUGAUUAAAAUUUGUCGACAUUUAGCAGAAAUCCUCGUCAUGCCGUACUGUAGUCAAUGAGACCCUCAAAUAAACAACAAACAAAGGAAUUUUGUGACAUGAAAGCUAUUUUGAAUUCUAAAAAAAAUUCAAAAACUGUUUGUUGCAAUUUGGUUGAGGUGCUUUAAAGUCUGAGGGUUACUAACUGUAAGCUGUACGCAAAUUCAUAAGGAAGUCAAACAGCUGAAUUUUGAGUAAACCAAACAAAUAUUCAAAAUUUUAGGCUUCUUUUUAACUUAAUGAAUGCAAUGUCUUACACACCCCAAGAAAUGGUAAUGAUCAUAACGACCUAUCAAACCGUCUUUGGUAACCGUAAAAUCUGCAGACUUGGCCUUUAAAUUAGUUUAUCCCGGCCUGUUUCCUACGGUCUUUUUAAAUUAAUUUCACCUGAUCAUUAGUUUCAUUUGUUUUUCGUACUUUUCAUUAUCUCUUUGAGAACUCUUUUCUGUUAUCUUCAUCGACAUCAUCAUUGUCACUAUUUUGUUACAGUUUAAUAGCUUUGUUUACUUAUUAUUAUCAUUAUUAGUAGUAGUAUUAGUAUUAGUAUUAGUAUUAUCAUCAUCAUCUUGUGUGGUUCUUAUUAUUUCUGUUGUAGGGGGAGAAAGGAGAACCAGGAGUGGAUAAAAACAGUAGUGGUGGUGUUAAAGUAAGCGUAACUUAAUUUAUACUUCUUUUUGAAGACAGAAAUGACCAAGUUUCAGAGUCCAAAACAAACAGGAAAGCGCAUGCUUUAUCCUUACAGCAACAAAGGAGUCAUUCAAUUUUCUUUAAUGGUCCUGACCUACGAAUGAAGAAUCAUUAAUAUUACCUUUGAUUUCUCCACAAAGGGUGAGAAAGGAUCUCGUGGUGACAAAGGGUCACAGGGAGAGAAGGGAUCACAAGGACAAAAAGGAAUUCAGGGAACGUGUGAUACAAAGGUAAUUGUCAUAAAACAUUUUCCAGAUUUUCAAUCUCCGUAACCUUUUAUAUAUAUAUAUCUAUAAUUCUUUUUACGAAAGCCUUAUUAAUUUUAUUACCAUAGACUUCAUACACGUGUUGCAUUCACGAUCUCUUCUUUUUCCUGUUAUGUUUAAAGGAGGAAGGGUGCGUGAGUUAGCGGCAAGGCCAUGACAAGUGACAAUCGAGAUUUUUAUACUGGUACAAGUCAACUCACAUGUCCCACAAGUUCAAGGAAAGAGGAAGAAAAUACUCGCAGUCUUUGUUCACUGACAUUAAACAUGAUGUUAUCAUUAGAUUUAUAUCUCAAUGUUAUCUUGAAAGUGGGAGCCUUUUUACAUCUCUUGAUGUUCGAUCAAGGGAGAUUGUCGUCAGAAGAAGUUGACUGUACGGGUGUUAAACCCUAUAGUUUGCAUGAAUAACUACAUUUUAGGAGAUUGCAAGCUUUGUUAUUAAAUUGUAUUUUGUUGUUUUUAUUUUGCCUUUUAGAGCAAAUCGAAGUGCUGUUUAGCUGGUAUGAGCAUUAUUUAUUACUUUUGUCUACGAUACACAUGUACAUUGAUUCAUUAGAAAGAAGAGCUGCCGAAAUACGUGGCUCCUUCACAUGUACAUUAAAACUGCAAAAACAACACAUGAGUUACAUGUACCUUUCUACCUUAUUUUCGAUUUAUUCUAGUUGUUUUUUAUAGUAAUUGUUUGAUAACAAAGAUUUUCAACAUUUUUUUUUCUUGUGGAAGAUUGCUCUGUUGGAUUCCACUUCUUUGAGAAAGUUCAAGAUCUUCCAACCCGAGGAGCAGUAGAUGUUGAACAUUUCACCAUUGAUGGAAGUUUGUUUCUUGCUUUUGCCAACCAUCAUGGGGACAUUAAAAAAUACAAGACAGGUUCCACAAUCUACAAGAUGGAUAACUCGACUGGAAGAUUGUCUGUGUAUCAGACCCUGCAGACAAGAGGAGCUUUUGACCUGGAGUACUUUUCUAUUGACAACAAACAUUUUCUUGCUGUCGCUAAUCAUUACGAUGGAACUUACCGGCUGGAUUCUACAGUUUAUCAAUGGAAUGGAAAGCUGUUUGUCGACUUUCAGAAAUUGUCAACGAGAGGAGCAAGCCACUUCACCUAUUUCAAGGUAUACGGGGAAAAUUAUCUCGCAGUAGCCAACUACUAUGACGGAAGCACCCAUUCUAUAAAGUCAGUUAUCUACAAAUGGAGCAGCGGCAAGUUUAACAGAUUUCAAGACAUACCAACUGAAGGUGCCUUCGGAUGUACAGCGUUUGUGAUAAACGGUGACACAUUCAUCGCUUUUGCAAACUAUUACAACUCCCAACACAAGUAUUCUGUUCAGUCCACUGUGUUCAAGUGGUCAGGAGGUCACUUUGUUAAACUGCAGUCUCUUCAGACUUACGGAGCAUACGAUGUGAAGUCUUUCAACGUCAACGGACACACGUUCCUCGCUUUUGCCAACCACCACUCUGGAAGUAAGUACAACACCGAUUCCUUUAUUUACAAGUGGAAUGGUAAGAAGUUCGUCCGGUUCCAGUCCAUUCCUACUCGUGGAGCCAUAGCAUGGUGUCCAUUAGUAAUCAGCGGUCAAACCUACCUUGGUGUGGCUAAUCACCAUGGUGAUGGUCAGAAGCACAACACCAAGUCAGUUGUGUACCAGGCCUCUGGAGCGCAGUUCAUCAAGUACCAAGAGAUUCCAACCCAAGGAGCUUUUGGUAUGACGUCAUUUGAAUACAAAGGUCAUACUUACCUCGCAGUAGCAAACCAUUACAAUGGCCAGAAGCACAACAUAAACAGCGCCCUGUACAAGUGGGUAUAG